UUUUCUAGUUCUGCUCUUGAAUUUUCCUUCGUAAAGCAAAUUUAUAAACGUAAACAAGUAUUAUUUUUUAAUCCUUAUCAACCUCUUUCAGAUUUGCCCCCUUUUCAGGUUAGUCUUUCAUUUCACCCCUGCAAGAAAAUGCGAUCACUGCCUGCCCCUCUUUCCGCGCGAGGCUUCUGAACUGACAGCGAGGGAUCAGCUGAGUUCAUGGCGCCCAGCGGAUCCCUCCAGAAACGGGGUCCCAGUUGGGGCAGAGCGAAAGGCCUGCGGUGGGCCGCCUUGUCUGCGGAGGAGCAUCUUCACUUUCAGUUCAGUGUGAAGCGCCGUUUCCCCUCCUUUCUCCCUCCCGAGUGAAGUUGCUCAAAGGCCCCGGCAGAGCCUCCCUUUGCCCCCUUGGGGGGAAUAACGGGGCCCCGGAGCUCCUGGCCGGAGGGACCCUGCGGGGAAGCUGCUGCUUUGCCCUCCCGCCCGUCGCAGCGGCCCCGGCCGAGGCCCCGGGAAGCGGCUCCUCCGGCCCCGCAGCGCUUCCUGCUUCCCACAAGGUGCCGAAGUGGCCGCUUCUCUGCGCCAGGAACUGCGAGGUGGAAGGGAGGCGGGCAGGGAGGGAGGAGGCGCUGCUUUUGCGGCCGCCGUCACGCCGGGCCGGGCAGGCGAAGGAGCCAGAACUCGGGCCACCCUCGGCGGAGACGCCCGGGAAGCCGCCCGCGAGCCCGGAGGGGGGAAGAAGGGCCAGCCAGACCAGCGUCCCCUCCCUCCGCCCAGGCCGGGCCGGCGCUGCCUUCUCCCUCCAGGGGCCGCCGCCGCCGCCUCCUGGGACCCCCCGCCCCGACAUGCGACCAUGGACAGCAGGAUCAAAGAAAAUCCACAGACUACCUUCGAUUUGGUGAUACAAGUAAAAUGCCAGGCUUCUGAAAAUGAAGAUCCUGUGGUUUUGUGGAAGUUCCCGGAGGACUUUGGAGACCAGGCAAUCCUCCAGAGUAUACCUAAAUUCUGCUUUCCUUUUGACAUUACAAGGGUAACGCAUGCCGGACAGCAUUUUACUUUUGUGCUCACUGACAUUGAAAGCAAGCAAAGAUUUGGAUUUUGUCGUUUAACAUCAGGAGGCAAAGUAUGUCUCUGCAUCCUAAGCUAUUUGCCAUGGUUUGAGAUGUACUACAAACUUUUAAAUACACUGGCGGAAUAUUUAGCUAAAGAACAGGAAGCUGACUUGAAUGAUUUAUUAGAAACAUGGCAUAACCAUUCUGUGCCAGAGGCAAAUACUCCAAUCAGCUUAAAUUUGCAUUCGUAUUUUAUUACUCCUGAUUUAACUGGAUUACCAACUGUUCCUGAAAGUAGAAAUCUUACUGAAUAUUUUGUUGCUGUGGAUGUGAAUAACAUGCUACAACUUUAUGCCAGCAUGUUGCAUGAGAGACGCAUCAUUAUUACCUCCAGCAAGCUAAGCACUUUAACCGCUUGUGUCCAUGGGUCAGCUGCAUUGCUAUAUCCAAUGUACUGGCAGCAUAUAUACAUCCCGGUGCUCCCACCACAUCUCCUGGAUUACUGCUGUGCACCAAUGCCUUAUUUGAUCGGAGUUCACUUCAGUUUAAUGGAGAGAGUCAAAAGCAAGUCACUGGAGGAUGUGGUGAUGCUAAAUGUUGACACAAAUACAUUGGAAACACCAUUUAAUGACCUGAGCAAUCUACCAAGUGAAGUGGUCUCGGCCUUGAAAAGCCAACUGAAGAAGCAGUCCACCGCCACCGGGGACGGAGUAGCCAGGGCGUUCCUCAGAGCUCAGGUGGCCUUGUUUGGUUCCUACAGAGAUGCACUAAGAUACAAACCUGGAGAGCCUAUCGUUUUCUGUGAGGAAAGCUUUCUCAAGCAUCGUUCCAGUUCUACUAAACAUUUUCUGGAAACUGCGGCAAAUCUCCAACUUUUUAAACAGUUUAUCGAAGGUCGACUUGCAAAGCUAAAUGCAGGAAGAGGAUUCUCCGAUAUAUUUGAAGAAGAAAUCUCAUCAGGAAGUGGAGGAAAUUUAAGAACAUACCAUCAAUGGAUGCAUACUGUGAAGAAAGGAGGAGCCUUGAUCAACACAGCAGUGAAUAAAGCUACUCCAGCUGUCAAAACAGCAUACCAAUAUGCAAAGAAUCAUGCAAAGCAGGGAAUGAAAGAGGUGAAGAGUAAGUUGAAACACAAGGAAAGAGAAGAUGGCUAUGGAAUUUCUAGCUCAGGUUUUUCACAAUAUGCUCCAUUCUAUACCUUUCAUAAUUCUCCAAGAGAGAACACAGAAAAAAGGCGACUUGCACAGACGCGCUUUGGGGAUGUCCCAACCAAUAGGCCUCAUAAUGACUCAGCCUUGGAAGAAGAUGCUGAUGAUGAACUAGACCCAGGAAGCAAGUUGUCAUCGGAAGACAGUGAGGAAACAUCUUACUAUUUAUAUGACAGUGAUGACUCUGGGGAAUUAGCCAAAACGUCUGUUCCUCCUGGAGAAAUGGAUCUGCUGGGGGAGAUUUUGGAUACCCUCAGUACACAUAGUUCCGAUCAAGGGAAACUCUCGGGGGCAAAAAGCUUGGACUUUUUUCGAUCGAUGGAUGACAUUGACUACAAGUCAAAGAAUAAAUCCAACACUCCAAGUGAGAGUAAUCUUGCCCUACUCUGUAGUGGUUGGAAUCAGCGACAAGAUGACAGCCAUCUCACUGAGAAGAAGCUUCCUCAAUCACCCAGGAAACCUGCUCCUUCUGGCGGUGGUAGAGAAUCUGUUUUUGUGCUAAAUAAAGAAAAACCCAACCUCACCUCCAGUGCUGAUGACUUGACCUCGCCUAAUAAUCAUCCAAGAUCUCCAGAUUCACCCCAAGAAACUGUGCAGGGACUUUCUCUGCAAACUUUGCAACUGAAGAGUAAGUGGAACGAAACACUAAGCAGGACCUCUACAGAUGAGAAUUCACCAAGCUUGAGUCCCAAUCCAUCUUUCCUUGUUCCAUGGGAGAGAGAAGCCCAAGAUGGAAAUGGAAUUCUUGAAGAAGGUGGGCUUCUUGAAGAAGUGGUGUCCUUAUGUAAACUGACUUCCGCUUUCAGUCAAGGUUUAAACAUUUCAGGGGACGGGUUUUCCAACAGCAGUGGGAAUCAAACGUAAGGAAUAUUAUUUAUUGAGGAGUUACAUGCGUGGUAAACGACUAAAGGAAAACAACUCAGGAUAUCAUAAUAAAGGAAAUAAGAGAUCUUCAGGUUUUUUAAUCUUUAGUUUUAGUUGGCCUUACUUUGUGUUUUUAUCCUUUUAUUUUCAGCCUAUCUCCUUUGAAUAUAUGUGCUCCACUUCAGUUCACAAUGUAAGCUUGCAUUUGGGACGGGGCUGUAUAAGAGAAUCAGUUUGGUCUAGUGCAGUGUUUCUCAACCUUGGCUACUUGAAGAUGUCUGGACUUCAACUCCAUCACUG